AUGAGCGAGGUAUUAGACUUCGCAGCGAUAGAGCGCUACCGCUGCAAAAGCGACGGGCUAAUCACCCGCACGUCAAGUGAACAAGAGGAUUGUGAAUCUAGUUGUAGUCUUUUCUUCUUCCCACUACCGGAGCUACCUCUGGACCAGCAGCUGGAGCUACAACAAUUAAAUUUUGUCAACACAGAUCUUGAGCCACUGCUUAUGCGUGAAAAACACGUCGCGUAUUUAAAACGUGGCCUUACACGGUUAUCAGCGGGUUUUGUGACCUUGGAUGCCAGCCGUCCAUGGAUUAUUUACUGGAUUUUACACGCAUUGGAGCUACUCGAUGCUCUUCCAGACGAAAUGACAGAACGCGUUAUCGGCACUUUAAAGCCUUGUUGGAACGACGAUCACGAUGGUGGUUUUGGGGGAGGUCCCAAACAAUUGGGACAUACAGCCACUAAUUACGCGUCAUGUCUGACGCUGGCGUUGCUAGGGACACUAGACGCUUUAGAGAGCGUAGACCGAUUAUCGCUUUACCGGUUUUUCAUGUCAAGAAAACAUGCGGCCACGGGGGCUUUUAUGGCUCAUGAUGGAGGUGAAGUUGACGUACGCGUGACGUACUGCGUCAUCUCUAUUGCCAGUUUGUAUGGAAUCUUGACGGAUGAGCUGAAGGCUGGCGUUGUGGACUACAUCUUAUCUUGCCAGACGUAUGAAGGAGGCUUUGGUGGCGAACCGGGCAAUGAAGCGCAUGGAGGUUAUGCAUUCUGUUCUGUUGCAACGCUUUAUAUUCUUGAGGCUGUCGAUCAGAUUCGUGAUUUUUCUGGAUUACUGCAUUGGCUCGCAAAUCGACAGAUGCCGUUUGAAGGCGGCUAUCAAGGGCGGACUAAUAAGCUGGUAGACGGCUGCUACAGUUUCUGGCAAGGAGCGAUACCGGCGUUGCUGGCUAGUGAAGUCAGAAGACGCUUUGGGGAUAUUGUUCCGUACCAAUGCCAUCGGGAGCAGUUGCAGAGGUAUAUACUACUUUGCGGUCAAGAGAUCUCCGGGGGAUUGCGAGAUAAACCGGGCAAACCGCGUGACCAUUACCAUACGUGUUAUUGUCUUAGUGGCUUGUCCGUCGCGCAAUACGGAGACGGAAGAGGCUCCCCGGUCGUUUUUGGUGAUGCGUCUAACUUAGUCGCCCGUACGCAUCCUGCGUACAACAUUAGCUAUGACAAGGUGAUUAAAGCGAUCGAGUAUUUUAAGUCAAAAGGUUCAUUCCAGCCCUCAAACUUCAGGUAA